GCCACCCGAAGACGGCCUUUCGGAGAUGCUCCGUCCCCCGGUGGUCGGGAGAUCCCGGGGGAGCCGGGGCGGGGCGGAGCCAGAGCUUUGUUCAGCGGGUUGAAGAGGAUCAAGCGGGCCUUGUGGAGCGUGGGAAUCUAGCGACUUGAAAGGGGGCAGUUCAAGAAGGAAAACCUGCGUUCUGCCAUGAAACCGCUUGGUAAGAGGUUGGAGGGCCCAAUGGCUGCAAAACCGCAGUCCAACGAUCCCAAAACCAAGAGUCCUGGCAGCAUCACCUUCGGCAAGGCUGCGACCCAGGGGCAGUGGGGCCGUGCCUGGGAGGUGGACUGGUUUUCCUUGGCAAGCGUCAUCUUCCUGCUGCUGUUUGCACCCUUCAUCGUGUACUAUUUCAUCAUGGCCUGCGACCAGUACAGCUGCUCCCUGACGGCCCCCUUGGCGGACAUCGCCACCGGGCGGGCUCGACUCUCGGACAUCUGGGCCAAGACGCCACCUGUGACAACGAAAGCGGCCCAGAUCUACGUGGCAUGGGUCACGUUCCAGGUGCUUCUGUACAUGCUGCUUCCUGACUUCUGCCACAAGUUUCUGCCGGGCUACGUGGGGGGCGUUCAGGAGGGCGCCAUGACUCCCGCAGGAAUCGUCAACAAGUAUGAGAUCAACGGCCUGCAAGCCUGGCUCAUCACGCAUCUCCUCUGGUUUGUUAACUCCUACCUCCUCUCCUGCUUCCCUCCCACCAUCGUCUUUGACAACUGGAUCCCGCUACUCUGGUGUGCCAACAUCCUGGGCUACGCCGUCUCCACCUUCGCCAUGAUCAAGGGCUACUUCUUCCCCACCGAUGCCCGAGACUGCAAAUUCACAGGCAAUUUCUUUUACAACUACAUGAUGGGCGUUGAGUUUAACCCCCGAAUUGGGAAGUGGUUUGACUUCAAGCUCUUCUUCAAUGGACGCCCCGGGAUCGUCGCCUGGACCCUCAUCAACCUGUCCUUUGCAGCCAAGCAGCAGGAGCUCUACGGCCACGUGACCAACUCCAUGGUCUUGGUCAACGUCCUGCAGGCCAUCUAUGUGUUGGACUUCUUCUGGAACGAAACCUGGUACCUGAAAACCAUUGACAUCUGCCACGACCACUUUGGGUGGUACCUGGGCUGGGGGGACUGCGUCUGGCUGCCGUACCUCUACACGUUGCAGGGUCUGUACCUGGUGUACCACCCCGUGCAGCUGCCCACCCGCUACUCCCUGGGCGUCCUGCUGCUGGGCCUGCUGGGCUACUACAUCUUCCGGACGGCCAACCAUCAGAAGGACCUUUUCCGCCGCACGGACGGGCGCUGCCUGAUCUGGGGCAGGAAGCCCAAGGUCAUCGAGUGUUCCUUCACGUCGGCCGAUAAGCAGAAACACCACAGCAAGCUGCUGGUGUCCGGCUUCUGGGGCGUGGCCCGCCACUUCAACUACACCGGCGACCUGAUGGGCAGCCUGGCGUACUGCCUGGCCUGCGGCGGCGGCCACCUCCUGCCCUACUUCUACAUCAUCUACAUGGCCGUCCUGCUGACCCACCGCUGCCUGCGGGACGAGCACCGCUGCGCUAACAAGUACGGCCGGGACUGGGACCGCUACACAGCUGCCGUGCCUUACCGCCUGCUGCCCGGAAUCUUCUAAAGGGCCGGCCCGGGGGGAGCCCCCCGCAGGGCAGUGAGGAGCACCGGAGUCAGGGCCGCCGGGGCAGCAGCAUCUCGGCUCCACACUCCAGGAGCCUCCGCGUCCCCAUCUGUAAAAGGCAAACAGCCCGGCACGUGUCCUGAGCGGAAUUCCGGGGGCUUACGCCGACGGCCUUCUCGCCAGCAGAAGUGACCGGCUUUCUCUGUGCCGUGUCCCCAGGGUGGGAGGAUGACCUGGUCUGCUCGCAGAUGACGCUGUUUCUUCUCUGGGGUCUGAGCUGCCCCGCUGCCCAGACAGCAGGAGUCCGACACUGAACGGGAUGUCUUCCAGCCCCCGUGGUCAAUCCUGCCCUUACUCUUGCUAAAUAAAGUAGAAGUGGACACGUAAGCUGUGCCAGUUAUCAGCUGACUGCCUUUCAGCUCCCGGUGCACCCUGCAUCACCUGCUCUGCGGUAGUGAGCUGUGCCCUUCAGACUUUUCCCCUUUGCACGUGCACCUCGUUACAUUUGUCUGUAGAGGGCGCUGAGGGCCGCUGCAUGAGUAGGGGCAUCUUCUGGUUCUGGUUCUUUUACAGACUUGGCCCAGGCAACCCAGAGAACUUGGCCACACCGUCCGGGGGCCUCACCCUAAGCCUUCCCCAAGGAGACCUGAACCCCAGCCUCGGGGAGGGGACACCCUUCACGUGUUUUCUUACCUUGGGCACGCUCCUUGACCCGCAGGUAUUCUGUUUUGUUUUGGUUUUUUUUUUCAAUUUACUUAUUUAUCUUUGGCUGUGUUGGGUCUUCAUUGCUGCGUGAGGGCUUUCUCUAGUUGUGGUGAGCCGGGGCUACUCUUUGUUGCGGUGCGUGGGCUUCUCAUUGCGGUGGCUUCUUUUGCUGUGGAGCAUGGGUUCUAGGCGCACGGGCUUCGGUAGUUGUGGCACGCGGGCUUCAGUAGUGGUGGCUCGCGGGCUCUAGAGUGCAGGCUCAGUAGUUGUGGCACCCGGGCUUAGUUGCUCUGUGACAUGUGGGAUCUUCCCGGACCAGGGCUCAAACCCGUGUCCCCUGCAUUGGCAGGUGGAUUCUUAACGACUGCACCACCAGGGAAGUCCCUGCAGGUAUUCUUGAAAGCUCUCUUUAGACGUUACUACCCUAGUCGAGUUAAUAAUUCUUUAUUCAGGUGUAUCUGGGAUGUAUUGCAGGUUUGGUUCCAGACCACCCCAAUAAAGUGAUUAUCACAAUAAA